CAAGUUUGUCUCAAUCAUUAUAAAACGAUAGCCCACCUCAUAAUUCUCUUUACACCUCUCUCCUUCCCAUCUACUUUCAAGUAACUCGUACCUGCAAAAGUUCCACCAUCUUUAAGCACCCUCUCUCUCUAGAUUUCCUUAUUUAAGGAAUUCCUCAUCCACCAACUUCCAUCCAUUUUUUGUACCCAAAUCUUUAAUCCCACAGUUCUCUCUCAUCUUUAUAAUCUCUCUCUAGAUUCAUCAUCCAAUACCCCAAAUCAAGAGCAUGGAGCAGAAGAGAAAGGGCAUGAGCAAGCUUGCUAGGUGCUUGAAGGCCUGCUCCCCCAUUAGAGCCCUAUGCAAAGCUAGAGAUUUCUAUGUGAGGAGCAUGAACGAAUGCGCCGGGGUAGCAGACUUCACCAUGAUCAUGGGCGGACCAACAGGUGGUGUUACCAUGCUCCCCCGUAGCUAUAGCACGGCCUCGACGAGGAGCCAAGAGGAUCUCAGAGAGUUGAUCAGAGCGGCCUCACAGAAGAGAGAGAAAGGGAAAAUCAACCCAUCACCCGUGAUUUUAACGCCUUCGGCAGCGAGGGUAGCUAAGAGUCGUAGUGUUAAUAUUGGGACCAUUGAUGAGGAGCAGCCAUGUUAUUUCAAUGGUAGUUUCAACACGAAGAAUGAGGGAGGUGAGUUUAUUCCAAGGAGCAGGAGUUGUGCUGUGGCCCAAGGGAGGAUGGGGUUUUGAGGCUAGGUUGUGGUCUGCAAUGGGGUAGCUGAACAUUUUGAUCUCUCUCUCCCUCUCUCUCUCAUUAAGAGGCAAAGUAAAAGCUCUCUCUGCAAAAGCUCUUGGAGAAGUUUCUCUCUCCAAUUUUUUUUUGUACAGAGUUUUUUAGUGUUUAAUACUUUGGUUGUUGAAUUUGAUAUUGAAUUGUGAACAAUUUGUGAUCAAGCACUCAAUAUCUGU